AUGUGGAAAAAAUCAAAGUAAGAUGUAAAUAUUAGGUAGUUCGAUCAUUAUUGCAUUUAUAUAUCUUAUAAAUUAGAUACCUUGUUUUAACUUAGUUUUAUCAAUACCAGUAAUGAUACUAUAUUUAUAAUUUAUUUGGAUCUAAAAUGAUGAGACCAUUUUCAAAAAAUGCCUCAAAACAUUGACUCUAUUUUUUGUAAUUUGGUUAGGAAUGUUGCCAGAAACUUAAAUACUACGAUAUCUUAUUGAUUUAGUCUCAGAUCUUAUUAAAAUGUUUUCAAUUAUAAAAAUUAAAACCAAGGAAGUUGUAAUUAUUGGAGGUUGUACAAUUGUGGUAUUUAUCGGAGGAGCUGCUCUUGCUUCAUAGCCAUUAGCUAUUCCUCUUAUCGCUGCAUCUUGUAACCAAGUUGCCAUUAAAUCUUGUGUAUUGAUAAUAACAGGACUAUUAAGUCGAGGAGAACCUGCUGCAAUAUCUAGUGGAGCAUUUUUGUUAGAGCUUGGAUCAAAUUCUGCUAAAGCUGUCGUAAACUGUGUGUCAGAUGCAGUAGUUACCACAUCAAUAAGUGUACAAAGAAAAGCUAUAUCUAAAAUCUGCUCUAUGAAUGUCGCUCUUGGUAUUGGAGUCUUAGUUGCGUUAGCUGCUGGUUUAGAAAUAUGUAAAUGGCUAAGACAGAAGAAAUCUGAAUGA